UGUAAGUCUGGCCACUCUAAGAUGGCGCGCAGCUUGUUUGGACUGCGAAAGUUAGCGUUUCGCCCGUCUUUCUUCCGUUUGUCAGCUUUAAGACCCAUCCAUACAGGAACUAUGAGUUUAGGAAAUCUGGAGGAAGAAUUUAAGUCAGCAAGUGAAAGGACAAAGACUCUAAAACAAGAUCCAGGGAAUGAUCACAAACUGAAGUUGUAUGCCUUGUUCAAACAGGUAAAUUACUCUACUGACUACACAGCUUAAUUGAGUUAGAUUUCUAUGCUAGACUUUUAAUUCCUCUGAAUUGUUUAAAAAUAUUAGAGACGUAUAGUCAAAUUGAAGAAGUUUUUAACCUCAUCCUGGGAAGUUUUUUGUAUCCUGUUACCUGUCUACAUGGUAAUGAUAGUGGCCCUGCUGAUCUCUGGAGUGACCAAAAAGGAACUUCUCCUUACAAUAUCUAUAUUUUUAAGUAGAGAGGUUAGGAGAAGAAAAAUUGUUAUUGUGCGAUUUAACUUCAAAUUCACAAAGCUAAAAUUAUGAGUAAUGAAGAUGAGAGGAUUCUUCAGGGUGAUGAAUGUUACUAAAGCACUGUCAGUGGUGAAAUUAAAGCCUGAAAAUAAACCCUUUAUUUUCAAUACUGCUCAAGUAGUGUUCAUUACUACAAAAUUCAUUCUUAAUUCAUCUCUCAAUAUUCACUCUCAUCCUGCCUGUGGCUGCCCAUGAGCGCUGUCCAUUGCCUAUUCUAUAGGUUAAAACAAAAUUUGCCAAAUUUUCAACAUUUCGUGGUCAUAUGAUAAAGUGCUCAUUGACUGAGUUUGUUCGGACUGGAUAGGAAAAUAUUUGGUUCUCAGUCAUGUUGCACAGACCUUGCUACACUCACUACUUCAUGACCUCAUGCCAAAUAUUUUCCCAUCUGGUCUUCCCACUCAGUCAAUUAGUAUGUUAUCUGUCAGAGUGGGUUAUCAUCCCAGUCCUUUUUUUCCUUGUAUACAUGUACUGUAAUGAUUUGAUGUAGCAUCUAAAGGGCUUAUUUACUUUUGGUACAACUCACACGCCAACUCACACGCCAAACAACUUACAUUCCAUCAUGUAUCAUCAUGAUAACAAAGUCCAAAGUCCAAUUAGAACAUACCUAAUCAUUGCACUACAUGAACAAUGGGCAAUUUUUAAUGUGCUUGAAUUGUAUUUCACCAAUCAAAUUCCACUUUGCCACAUUGGACUUUGCCCUAUCACAUGUUAUUUUCCUACGUUUCUUUACAUAUUCCAAUUGCAUUGUCCAACUCCACUGAAAAAAAUUCACAUGGAACUUAAUACUACUGAUAUUGGGUUUUCCACACAAUUCUCCCACAUUUAACUUUUUCUAUUGAUUAAAGUCACUUUAAGCUACCUUGGACUUAGACCAAUUGUGUGUUAAUUCCUCAUAAAACAGCCUGCAUUUUAUCACACAUUUCACAUACAGAGGAGGGCAAAGUCCAGAUCGCCAACCACCUUUUCCUUUUCCACCUAUCCUUUUCUCUUGUUCAAUGUAUCUUAACUUAUUUGAGAUCACAGUACAUCUUUGGUUAGGGUUUAUUAGAGGUACAACAGAGUUUCAGUUUGAUUUUCAUAGUAAAAUUAUGCAGAAUUAUAUUUUUGAGGUAACUAAUUAACUAAUAAUUUUAAUUUUCUCUCUGUUGGGGAACUGUAGUAAGCGUAGUCUCUUUGGCAACUGUUAUUUGGUCUUGUCACGCAACACACUCUCUCUCAAAAGGGAAAUUGAGGGUGUUGUGUGAGGAGACCAAACAACAGGUGCAAAGACAACAGUAAGCAUGGCACCGUUGCAUUUCAUUUUAACUUAGAAGUAUUUAGUAGAGACAGUAGAUCACUUAAUAUCUGUGUGAGUUCAGAUAAAUUAGGUUUUUUCCCGGUCUUUCUGUGAUAUUUUUGUUUUUUGAAAGUUAUACUCUUUUUGGCGACAAAAAAAGAAAACAUUAAGUGUACAAAUUGUCCUAUCUCAACCCACCCAGCCAAAAAAGUAACUUGUGCAUGCCACGCAUGCCUAUGUUUUAGUUAUUAUAUUUAUAUAUACAUAGUUCAAGUCUUUUCAGAUUUCAUGUAAAAUUUUUCUUUUUCUUUCUAGGGCAGUAUCGGAAAAUGCAAUUCUCCCAAGCCAGGAGCAUUUGAUUUUGUUGGCAAAGCAAAGUGGACAGCAUGGAAUGAUCUUGGUGAUCUUUCAAAGGUUGAUUAAAGUGCCUGCUUUUCACUCUUCAAUUUAUGAGACUAUUGCUAUUCAUAGAAAGAAUUGAUGGGAAACUGCUUUAUGUUGUUUUAAGACCAUUUUUUCCCAACCUGAUUCUCCUUAUUUUGUCCAUGCACCCUAAAAUAUUGUAUAUGUAAUAACGCCAUAGAAAGUUUGUAUAAUCAGGUGGAAACUUUGAAAUAGAGCUCAAAAGAAAUCAAUAAAUGAAGAAAAGGAGUACAUUUCUAAAGGAACUGUCGUGCUGCAUCUGCAAGGGGUAUUUCAAGAUGAUUUGCUUUUUUCAACUGACUCGAUUAUGUAAAUUUGCUCUAUUUGUUCUGACAAAGGCUAACACUCAAAACAUCAGUAUUAUAGAAACUCUCUACAAUAGUUAAUUUGCAUUAUAAACACAAUUACUAAAACUUGAUAAUCUCACAAAAGAAAUCAGUCCACCAGGAAUCAAACAGAACAAGAAUCAAAGAAAUAUCAAGAACAUGAGUCUUUUUCUCAAACUAUACAUUGGCUAAUUUCCCUUGAUCAAAAGUCUAUAUUUGAAAUGAAUCAACAACUUCAAAGCAUUUCAACUGUCCCAAUACAUUACUUAAUUGAUAGUUGUUAAAUGGAUUUCCAGAAAACUGCUUUUAUGGAAGUUAUGUUCACUCAAGUAUCACUUGAUGUUGACAGGACUAAACAAGAAUUGUCUUAUAGGGACACAUCCAUGACAAAAAUAGCACUGAAAAAACUCAAAUUAGGCAGCUACUGCUACAUUAAGUACAUCCUACACACUUUAAUUUUGUGGAUGACAUUAUUUUUACCUGUCUAAGUUUUUUUUUUAUCUAGCUCAGUGGCUGUUACUUAAUCUAUUUUGAUUGACUUUAUUUUCAGGCUGAUGCACAACAAAAGUAUGUAGAUUAUGUUAAUGACCUUGCAGGUGAAAAAUUUAUUUUUAUUUUCAACAUUUACUAUUUUGGUGUCUUUUUGAUGACCUUUUUAUGUGAUAUACCAAAUAUUUAGCAUCUCAACCCAAAAAUUAGAUUUUUCUGCCACAAUGAUGGUCAAAUGUUUUAAAAUUUCAUUACUAUAAUCAGGGUUAGAUUUAUGAAUCCUUUUUUCCUGACACAGGAUGCAUCAUUAUGUUGCUGAUCCUAGUACCAGUUGUAGACAUUAUAAAAUGUAGUAUAAUGCCUAGCUCUCCAUAAAGUUCUCUCAGUCACCAAAGCAUCAUACAGCAAAAUGGGAAAUAUUUGAUGUUAAAAUUGUGUUGGGGGAAUCAGAUUUUUAUUCCUUUGCUCUGGACAGAUGUAUAAACUAUUUUGUUGGAAUAUUUCAGCACAAUUUGGCACAACUGAUGAAGAUUUAAAGUCUCCAAAUCCUCAGAAUAACCCAUCAGUUGAAGUGGAGAGUAAAUACAAAGAACUAGUGGUGACAUUGGAGAAUGGAGUGCUGACAAUAAAAAUGAACAGGCCUACAAAAUAUAAUGCCAUAACCUGGGAGGUGCAUCUUAUUUUGUUUAUUCCUUUUUUUUUUCAAUCUUUAUUUAUUGGCAGUAUAUAAACAGGCUGGCCCUGUUUAGCCUGUGUUAACAAUGUAAAUUCAAUAAAAAUAAGAAUAGAAAUAUGGAAAACAAAAAUGAACCCACAACACAAAUUACAAUAUACACAUACAAUAUACGUUACAUUUCAUUCAUCACAGAAUUAAAUUUUGAGAAGUUUUUUAAAUUUUGGGAGAGAACUUACAAUUCCUAAUUUAUUUGUUAGAGUAUUUCAUACUUUUGCACCAUUGCAGCACCAUUGUAGACAGUUCUCAUAAAUUAAUAAGCACUAGACAAUGACAUAACCACAAAAUUCUAUGUAAACUUUUCAGAACGUUAAGUUACGUUUGACUACUGUUGAUAACAUUCAACAUCUCAGUCUUGUUGCCCAAAUACCUCAAUGUAGUAGGUUGGAGACAAUUUUCAUUUCUCUAGCUGGGCAUUCUUAGAUUUUUGUGUUUGGGUUUUGUUGAACACAAAUCUCAUUUGAUCAGUUUCCCAUAUUUGAAUUGUACAGCUGUUCAAAGUUUUAGAAUACAUAUGGCCAUCUUGAUCUUGUCUCUACUGUUUUCUGGACUGUUGGUAAACACACUACAGGCAUGAUCCAGGACCUUCUAUAAAUUUUGUAUUUAUUUAAUUUGGGUUUCACAAUUAUUUCGUAAAAUAUUCUGUGUUAUCUGAGUAUCACCUGGAGUAAUAGUGGCCUAAUCAUUGUACUCUGGGUGAAGAGGGUGGGGUUUAAGAGACAGCAGCCAGUGUGUUGUGUUCAUGGACAAGACUCCAUACUCUGAUUAUCCAUAUGUGUGUGCUUAGUUAAUUAACUAUGACAACUUUUUUUGCUAUUAUCUUAAAAAGAUGUACCAAGAAUUAAUGACUGCUUUGGAUGAAGCUGGGAAAAAUGAUGCUUGUGUGGUAGCUGUGUUGACUGGAUCUGGAGAAUAUUACUGCAGUGGAAAUGACCUGGGAAACUUUACCAGAAUUCCGCCUGAGGGUCCUCAAAAGAUGGCAAAUGAUGCACGGAAAGUAUUAAAGUAUGUUAGCAGUUCAAUGUCUUUUCCUGUAUCACAGAUUCCCCAAUCAUUUGUCUAUCUGUGGGCUACCAGUGUUCUCCAGAAGAACCAGGCUCGGUUCUCCCUCAGAGGGGCUGAGGCAGUUAAAAACAGUUAAAAAUUCAUUUCUUUGUUAUCCACUGAUUGUUUUAUUAGAAUAAAUAGACAUCUUACCAUCCACAUUGGAAUCUUCUUUUUUUUUUUCAGUCACCUUUAAAUAAUUGUGAAAUUAGACUUUAAUUGUCUUCCAUUGAUGCAAUACAUAUUUACUUAUCUUACUACACACUAAUCUUACUUGUGAAUGCAAAUCAAGUAGUACUUUUUGUUGUUACCAUUAUGACAGGAACUUUGUACAACACUUCAUAGACUUCCCUAAGCCUCUGAUUGCAGCAGUCAAUGGACCUGCUGUGGGGAUAUCUGUAACAGUCAUGGGCCUGUUUGACUUAAUCUAUGCAUCAGAUAAAGCUACAUUUCACACACCUUUUAUGGAGCUGGGACAAAGCCCAGAAGGAUGUUCCUCGUUUAUGUUCCCUAGGAUAAUGGGACCUGCAAAGGUACAUUGACUUGCCUCUAAUUUCUGUUGUAACCUUUGUAUAAUUUGUUGAGUUAAAGAGCCUAUUUCAAGUUAUUGUCAUAAUAUGUGAAAAUUACAUCAUGAAUUCUUCUCCUCCUUUAGUCCAAUGAAAUGUUGCUCUCUGGACGCAAACUGACAGCAGUCGAAGCAAGAGACUGUGGGUUGGUUACAGAUGUUUUCCCCCAUGACAAGUUCACAGAAGAAGUUCAGAACAGAAUACAAGCAAUGGCCAAGUUGCCCCCUAAGGUAAAAAAUUGCAUUGUAGAAUUUCACAGCAGGGUGCCCUCUACAAUGGAGUCGUUAUAGCAUUUGGAGACAUGCUGGUCAAAGGAGGGGGAGUGGGGGGGGGGGAAAGGGGGUGAUUUGCAAUCUCUUAGGGAUAAUUUUAUCCAUAUGGCUUCUCUCAAUAGAUUGUUGAAAGAAGCCUGAGAGUUAAACUUCAGUGUUCUUAUGUGUAUUCCCUUCAGCCUAAAAAUAAUAAAAGGCAUCCUGCCUUACUCAAGUGUUAUUUUAACAUAUUAUCAUAGUGGUGAAUACAAGAGAGGAGUUUUCCCAUAUUUUAUUCAUCAAUACUAAUAUUUAUCAUGAUCAUUUAUAUUUAACUGUAGACAGUCGGAGCUUUCAGUUAAGCAUUAUUUUAGACGACCAAUCAAUGUUUUAUAGUAUCCUUCAAAAGGUGAUUCGUUCUUUUUUUUUUUUUUUGUUUUUUUUGUUCACUCUACAGUCUCUGCUGUUGUCCAAGCAGUUAAUACGUGAUUCAUUCCGCGAUUUGUUACAUGAAGCCAACGAAAAGGAGUGCGCUUUACUUGAAGAACGCUGGCUUUCAGAAGAGUGUAUGCAGGCCGUUAUGGCUUUCAUGCAGAGAAAGUCCAAAUUGUAGCUCAGCUUCCAUUUCCUUGCCGCAUUUGACUUAGGGCUUUAUCAAACUAAAACACGAUGAACUGCAGAGGUUAAAUUUUUAUUGUUUCUUUCUAUCACCCAAUCAAGUGUUUAUUCGCGGCGGAUUUUGUUUCGAGAGAAGGAAGGGGGGAUGUCGCUGAAGCAAAAGGACUGCGAAGGAGAUUAAUCAAGUGGCAACGAAACAAACAAACUGUCACGUGUUAGAAGCGUGGGACGUUUAUCACAUUGGCCGAUGUUCAGGAUUUUUUAAAUGUUAAAUUCGCUCUUCGCAAAUAAUUCAAUCGUUAAUCAGUCAAUAGUUAUUAAUCUUGUUGAAACUGAAAAUUGUCGGCGUUCUUGUAUCACUUACUUACUUCAGGCAGUUUACCUGUAUUUAUUCAGGCGCAUGAAGACCAAACGAGCGCGUUGCAGGGACAGCAUCCUGGUUUAAAACACGAAAUGGACUGAGGCAUUAACAUCAGAAAACCCAGAGGCACAAAGAAACAAGUGUUGUGGUGAGAAAAGGUGAUUGCAAGCUGAAAAACUUAACUCACACAUUUUCCAAAAUUGCACAAAAAAAGUGAGCUCAAACUAACAAGGACAACACUCAUAAAGAGACUAUAAAAUUUUCACUCGUCGGAUAAAAAAUUUGACCGCGGAAGGAAAUAACUGCUUGAGUUGCGUAGAAUUGACUUGCAUUUCAGGUUAUGCUCAAACUUUCAAGAAGGUUGUUACAUUAUCACGAUCACGGUUGGUGGCAGGGUCUAGAAAACGUUGGC